ACGUCAUUGCUGACGUCGCCUUGACAUCAUUGUACUUACACGCAUGGGACGUAAGAACGGAGAAAACUGUCCGAAUCGAAUAUAUUCGAGCAAGUUAUGUCGUUCUUAUAUAUUAUAGAUUUAAUUGAAUAUAUAAUAAUAUAGAAUAUAAGAAAGAAAUGAGCGUCGAGGCUUAUGGACCAAGUUCUCAGACUUUAACAUUUUUGGAUACGGAGGAAGGAACGGAUUUGCUGGGUGCAGAUACACAAGGAACGGAAUUUGAUUUCACCGAUUUCACCUUACCUUCUCAGACUCAAGCAUCACAAUUAGAACAUACGCAAAGUCAGGCAUCAAGAAGUCAGUUAAAUGGAAUAGAAAUCCCAUUACAGAAUGGUUUGGAUAGAGAUGUCACUGCUGCCACCCAAGGAUUAGGAGAAUUAACAUUUGAAGAAGAUGAAGAAGAUCAAUAUUGCACUAAAGAUCUGCCUGAACAUGCAUGCAAGUACUGUGGUAUUCAUGAUCCAUGUUGUGUUGUACAGUGUAAUGUGUGCAAAAGAUGGUUUUGUAAUGGACGAGGAAAUACCUCUGGGAGCCAUAUCUUGAACCAUUUAGUAAGAGCUAAGCAUAAAGAAGUUACUUUGCAUAAAGAUGGUCCGUUGGGUGAAACUGUACUCGAAUGUUAUAGUUGUGGAUGUCGUAAUGUCUUUGUAUUAGGAUUUAUUCCAGCUAAAGCUGAUUCUGUUGUUGUCCUUCUUUGUCGUCAACCAUGUGCAGCACAGAGCAGUUUAAAAGAUAUGAAUUGGUAAGUGUCAGUUUUAAAAAUUAAUGUUAU